UCAAGAAAUACAACCGACCGACUGUUGACCGCGAAAGUAAGAAAAUUCAUCUCGAAAUAUAGUAACAAACAAAAAAGUUUUAUACAAAAGAUGUCAUCUAUUUUAAAAAUUGGUUUUUUGGGAGGCGGUAAAAUUGCCCAAGCAAUGGCCAAAGGGUUUAUAUCAGCUGGUUUGACUAAGCCACAGUUUAUCACAGCAAGUGUUCACCCUGACGACUCAGCAAGCUAUGAAUCGUUUAGUAAACUCGGUGCGACUACGCUUACAGAGAAUAUUCCAGUUGUAAAAAAUUCGGAUGCUAUAUUUGUUGCAGUGAAGCCGUAUGUAGUAUCAGAUGUUCUAAAUGAAAUAAAGGCUGAAAGUGAAGGAAAACUUUUCCUUUCUGUUGCAAUGGGUAUAACAAUUGAUGCUAUCGAAAAGAGUCUAUCCUCAAAGUCACGUGUUGUCAGAGUUAUGCCCAAUACUCCAGCCUUAGUUCAGUGUGGUUGUUCCGUUUUUGUUCGGGGAUCAAAGGCAACACAAGAAGAUCUAGAAGUUACAUCAAAACUAUUAUCAGCAAUUGGAACAUGCGAAGAAGUAAAUGAAAAUCUUUUGGACCCAAUUACUGCACUUUCUUCAAGUGGACCAGCCUUCGUUUUUGUAAUGAUCGAAUCUCUUGCUGAUGGAGCAGUACGAAUGGGAUUGCCUAGAGAUCUUGCUUACCGUCUGGCAUCUCAAACAGUACUUGGAUCUGGAAAACUAGUAAGAGACUCAAAGAUACAUCCUGGUCAACUUAAAGAUGAUGUAACAAGUCCGGCUGGAUGCACAGCUGCUGGAUUAAAUCAUUUAGAAUUAUCAGGUUUUCGAUCAGCAGUUGCGGGAGCAGUUGAGGCUGCUACAAAGAGAUGUAAUGAAAUAUCCGGGAUGUGAUAUCAGAAAUCAAUGGCAAUUUAUCUAGCAUUAAUAAGGUUAAGACAUGAUAGGGUAUACACAUCAUUUAUAUUAGUUUUCAAAACAAUAUUAAAUAAGAGUCUAAAUAAACGCGGACAACCAACAUUUUCACAAUGUUACAAUUUUUACAAAA